UACCCCCCCCCCCCCAGGAGCCAACGUUUGCCCUUUAUCAAAAGGGCAGUUUAACAAGAGUCCCUCACUAGUGUCUUCCUUCACCAUUAUAUUAGCUUCCGCUCGCGAAACGUUAGUCAGUCGGUCUGUCGGGGCUAUAGUUGCGUUUUUGGGUCUUAGUCUACUAUAAUCACUUUCAGCUUCCUGCAUAAUCCCGGAAAUGGCUUCUUCAAACACGGAGUUUUCGCAAAUGCUACAGCAUAUCACGGAUGCUAAGCUUGAUGAACUGUCCAACAAACGCAAGAUUUUUCUUAGUCACAAAGCUGCCACGUUGGAAAAGGCACAGGCUUUAAACUCGGCGAUCGAUAAGCUUCAUGCUCUCUCCAAUGGGGUGAAAUUAUGCUUUGGUAUUCCGGUAGCGGAUGUGUGCAUGAUCCGUGAUCGCAGUGGAGCUGGGAAUAUUGAGAUCGCCCUGGCCAACUUAGAUCGUUUUCUCAAACAGGCUCAGUAUGACCCUUCGAUUUCGCCAGAUAUAUUGGACCGCUGGCAGAAGUCUUUGGUUGAAUACCUUGAUAUUCAAACUGUCAAGUACGAGUACGCCACCCUGUUCGCCCAGUUGACUAUGGAAUGGUUGUCAGCCAGCAAGAGCCACCCUUUAUCAGAUCAAGAUGUCACCAUGUCGGAUGACUUUGGAGAGGCUGGGGGCUCCGAGAAAAUAGAUUCUAGAAAGCGAUGGGAGGAAUCUGUCUUCACGUCGGUUGAACGUGACCCGGAUACAAUUACAAACUUCCUUGAAGAGUUAUUCAAGGGCACAGUUGACAAUCUGGGGCAAGACAUUGCUGAGGGAUGGGACAAUACGAGGAAUGUCGGCAAGGCGCUACAAAGCCUCCGUAAGAGGGUAUCCGCGUUUGAAAACUCCCUGGCUAGUCCUUCUCAAUUCAAUACUGCUACGUUAAGCUGGGUAAUUACAGGAUUGGUUCAAUCUGAUCUACUAACUGAACAGAAAAGAGCAGUGCUGAGAGACUUCCAAAAUAACUAUAUUAUAUUGAAAGAACUGGCCGAUGUCCUGAACAUGCGCCUGGCGGCCCUCCACGCAUGGUCCUGGGGUACCGAAGUCCCAGUUGAGCAACGCCGGCAUAUAAAUGGGUCGUAUCAAAUCUGUGUGCAAGAAGAUCUUAUCCAAGCGAUAUUUUUACAAUAUCUAGGUGUUAGGUGGUCUGUUAUGUUCAAGGAAGCAUUCACAGACUUCAAAAAGACAAAGAAUGUGUGGAAAUCCCCGCGGGCCAAAAUCUCUGCUAUUGAUAAGAAGCGCCGGCAGUUCUUUCUUGACUGCCGUCGGGAUAAACCUAACAUCCAGAUCACCAAGGAACGCAUUUAUCAACGGGGAUACUUCGUUUCUCAACUGCUUAACCACGAACAACAAGCCCGACGCUGUGAGGAGGGAGAAGAAGAGGCUGACUUUGCGACUUUCGCCGCAGAACCAGUUCUCAAGAAGAAAAAGGUCAAGGUGGCCAUGGCUGGUAAACGUGCGCGGAAAGCACCCUCAUAUUUUGAAGAAAAACUGGGGGUCGAUAGUGACGAUGAGGCGUCCGGCGAGGGCAGCGCGGGCGGCCAAUUUGACGAUUACCAUGACCCAGACGAAUACUAUGAUGAUAGCUUCGCAAACAGCGUCAUGGAUCCACCUAACCAGAUGCAAGCAAGACAAAAUCUUUUACUUCUUCUAAGCGCGGAUAUUUUAAUCGGCACCCGGAUUCACGGGGCAGUAACCUGCUUCCGGUCGCAGUACGAAUCGUGGAAUCCCAACUUGCCGCAUACCGCUAUUCUCACCGUGCUGAGCUUUUUAGGAGUAUCGAAAAAGUGGACCAGCUUUUUUGAGCGGUUCUUAAGAGCCCCCUUGAAGUUUGUCGAUGAUAAUAAUCAUGCCGAGCCGCGCUUCCGCCAGCGCGGUACUCCAGAAUCCCACGUAUUAAGUGAAGUGUUCGGCGAGACGAUUCUGUUUUGCCUGGACUUCUUGGUGAACAAGGAAACUGAUGGUCAGCUUCUCUGGCGAGUCCAUGAUGACUUGUGGUUCUGGUCGUCAGACGAGCAGGCGUGCGUGAAGGCGUGGCAGGCGAUUGAAAAAUUCAACGAAAUAAUGGGAGUUUCAUUGAGCACAGCUAAAACUGGCAGUGCGCAGAUUACUCCAGAUAAGACUAGCACGGCGCGGGAGAAUUCCCCAGUAUUGCCUUCGGGGCAAAUCAGAUGGGGCAUGCUUUAUCUUAACCCGGAAUCAGGGAGGUUCGAGAUUGAUCAAGAGAUGGUGGACCACCAUAUAGAAGAACUCCGCAGGCAACUGCAGGACAAGAAAAAGAGCAUUUUUGGAUGGAUACAGGCGUGGAACUCGUAUGCAACCACGUUCUUCACGUCAAACUUUGGUAAACCCGUGAAUUGUUUCGGUCGGGAGCAUGUGGACAUGAUGCUACAAACUCACGAGCGAAUCCAGCGCCAGAUCUUUUCCCUCGAAGCCGAUGGUGGUAAGCAUGACCGCAGUGUAAUAACCUAUCUCCGGGACACAAUCAGCUCGCGGUUUGGUAUCUCAUCUAUUCCGGAUGGAUUCUUCUUUCUGCCCAUCGAUCUCGGUGGUCUUGAGCUGUCUAGCUCAUUUAUCAACUUGGUCGGUCUACGCGACUCGGUUAUUGGAAAUCCGGAGACGCUUUUGGACGAAUUUUUCGAGGCAGAACGCGACAACUAUACUUUGUUGAAACAACGGUUUGACGCUGCAGAUAAAGAACGCAAAGUUGCACUGAACCAGGGAUUUUGUCCGCCUGAUGGAGACCAAUUCAUGUCUUUCGAUGAAUACAUCCGAUACCGCGAGCUGCUGGACUACAAUUUUAGCGGCCAAUUGGUGGAGGUGUAUGACAAGCUUCUCCAGCGUCCCACCCAAGAAUUCAUCGAAUGUGACCACCACGGACCCGUGUUCAGAGCGGUUAGUGAGCUCGACGGCCAAAACAGCCUGACUGGGAUCAAGCCUAGCUGGGGCGAAAUGAAUUCCUACUGGAGAUGGGUUGCGCAACUAUACGGACCGGAGAUUAUCGACAGGUUUGGUGGAUUUAACAUCGUGGACCCAGGACUUUUGCCCAUUGGUCUAGUUGGUUUAUUCCGCAGUGGCCGGGUCAAUUGGUGAGACUAAUAAGUAUUUGCUAGGUAGUUUUUGAUCCCGGUUCUGAUGCCUACAUGUGCUCUACUUCAAGAUGCACAGAGAUUGCUCAAUGUAGCUAUAUUAAUAAAGUCAUUCAAAUUGUCUCUCU